AUGGGUUUUGGAAGAUCUUCUAUUGAAGCUUCAGCAGCAACUUUCAUGGCUGCCAAUAAAGCAAACCACCACUCAAACACAAUACUAUCCAACUCCCAUCAACAACUACUGCACCAGAGUCAGCAGGAUCAAGAUCAUCGUCACCAAAACAAUCAGAUGUCAUUUGGAAUGAUGCAAUCACCUUUAUCAUUAUCAUCAACCAUUCAUGGAAACUUCAUAAGCAAAGACACUGGAGCUUAUGAUUUGGGUGAAUUAGAUCAAGAUCUUUUCCUUUACCUUGAUGGCCAGAGCCCCUCAACAGCCCAAGAGCAAAGACAUGCUGCAGUUUUCGACAUGGAGUAUGCGAGAUGGCUAGGAGAACACCACCGUAUCAUGUGCGAGCUCCGGGCGGCACUACAAGAGCAUUUGCCGGAGAAUGAUUUGAGGCUUUUUGUGGAAAACUGCUUAGCUCAUUAUGGUGAGAUGAUUAGCCUCAAAAGCAUGGUCGCCAAAUCCGACGUGUUUCAUCUUUUUUCCGGCAUGUGGAGAACUCCAGCGGAACGAUGCUUCUUAUGGAUGGGAGACUUCCGGCCAUCCGACCUCAUCAAGAUUGUUGUCAGCCAAAUUGAGCCAUUGACGGAGCAACAACUGAUGGGUAUCUGUGGACUACAACAAUCGACCCAGGAAGCCGAAGAAGCUCUGUCUCAAGGACUUGAUGCUCUUAACCAAUCGCUUUCACUCACCAUUGCUUCUGAUGCAAUGAGCUGUCCUCCAAACAUGGCCAACUACAUGGGUCAAAUGGCCAUAGCCAUGAACAAGCUCUCCACCGUCGAAGGUUUUCUUAGACAGGCAGAUAAUUUGAGGCACCAAACACUUCACCGGCUGUAUCAACUCUUAACGACUCGUCAAGCAGCAAGGUGUUUUCUGGCCAUUGCCGAGUACUUCCACCGCCUCCGAGCUCUUAGCUCUCUCUGGUUGGCACGUCCCCAGCAGGAAUGA